AUGGGAACAUCAAAAGACGGUCGGUGUAAAACAUGCGGUGAAGACUUGAUGAGUUGUAAUGGUCACUUCGGGAAGAUCCGACUGGCCUUGCCAGCAUUCCACAUCGGCUAUCUAAAGUUCACAAUCGAAAUAUUACAGUGUGUCUGCAAGAGCUGUUCUAAUGUUCUCCUCACUGAAGACGAGCGACGAAUUCACCUCAAGGCAUUGAGACGACCUAAUCUCGACAGCUUCCAGCGGCAGCAAUACAUCAAGAAGAUAACGACAGCAUGUAGGAAGGUCAAGCAGUGCCCCUACUGUGGUUCCCUGAAUGGGCCCGUCCGCAAAGUCCCACAGCAGCCACUGAAGAUUGUCCACCUCAAAUUCGACGCCUAUGCUAAGUCUACGGCUAAGUCCAAGGUCGUCCCUCCGGAGAAACAGGCAUUCGAUCAGUCAUUUGAAGUAGCCCGGGAAACUAGCACCGAACUCGAUAAGUUUGUCAAAAGGGCAGUCGAUGACAUGAAUCCCAUUAGAGUCCUGAAGAUUCUCCAAAAGGUGUCCGAUGCCGACUGCGAAUUACUCGGACUGAACCCUCGCGAAGGGCGUCCUGAAAUGUUCAUUUGGACUCAUGUCCCUGCGCCACCGGUCAACAUCCGGCCCUCUGUUGCCCAAGAACAGGCGACGACGGAGGACGACAUUACGAACAAGCUUGGAGACAUCAUCCAGAUCAACAACCUCAUCCGACUUGGUCUGAUGAAAGGCCAACCAAUCUCGCAGAUCAUGGAACAGUGGGACUUCCUACAACUGCAGCUUGCCAUGUACAUUAAUAGCGAUGUCCCAGGUCUUAACAAACCGGAGUACGGGCGAAGCAUCCGAGGCUUCUGUCAACGUCUCAAAGGCAAGCAAGGUCGAUUCAGGGGCAACCUGUCCGGCAAACGUGUUGAUUUCUCAGGCCGUACCGUUAUUGGUCCGGACCCGAAUCUCAGUAUCGACGAGGUAGCAGUGCCUGAGCGCGUUGCGGUUACUCUCACGUACCCGGAGAAAGUGUCUCGCUAUAACCUGGAAAAACUCCGCGGAUGUGUUCGGAACGGAAAAGAAAAGCAUCCCGGCGCGGUCAGCAUCACGAAGAUGAACGGAAGGAAGAUCGUUUUGGCUUUUCUGAAUACGCCGGCUAAGCUAGAGUAUACCGCCAAGGAGCUUCGGAUUGGCGAUCUGGUCGAGCGGCAUCUCGAGGAUGGCGAUAUUGUCCUGUUUAAUCGACAGCCGUCCUUGCACAAGCUAUCUAUCCUUUCCCACAGAGCAAAAAUCCGACCCGGUCGGACUUUCCGCCUGAACGAGUGCGCGUGCAAUCCUUACAAUGCGGACUUCGAUGGUGACGAAAUGAAUCUGCAUGUGCCGCAGACCGAAGAAGCAAGGACCGAGGCGAUGGAGUUGAUGGGUGUCAAACACAACCUGAUCACUCCGAAGAAUGGCACCCUGAUCAUCGCAGCGAUCCAGGACUUCAUAUCCGCCGCAUAUCUGCUGAGCAACAAGGAUAGAUUCUAUGACCGGAAAGGUUUUACACAGGUUUGCUCGUUCAUGUUCAACGGUCAGUCAUUCUACGACCCAAACACCCGACAAUACCAUAAGAUCGAAAUUCCUGCACCGGCGAUCCUAAAACCGCAACGGCUAUGGACAGGCAAGCAGGUCUUCAAUGUGUUGAUGCGUCCCAAUAAAUCGCUUAACAUCCUCAUCAAUCUCGACGCUGCUGGCAAACAGUACAAGCCGACCCCCGGGCAAGCCCCUGACCUGAAUAUUGAUGACUCAUAUUUGGUCAUCCGCAAUUCAGAGGUCAUGUGCGGUGUAAUGGAUAAAUCCACAGUCGGAGAGGGAAAGAAAGAUUCUUUGUUCUACGUCCUGCUGCGAGACUAUGGUCCGGACUAUGCAGUGCAAGCAAUGAAUGGCGUGGCAAAGUUGUCCGCGAGAUGGCUUACAAACCAGGGUUUCUCCAUCGGUAUCAGCGAUGUAUACCCCAGCCAGGACUUGGAGGUGCGGAAGCGAGCGCUUAUCGAGCGAGCAUAUGCGGAGUGUGACGCACUUAUCCAGAAACGAGGGCAAGGUAUACUGCAACGUGACUCUGGCUGCGACGAGGAACAGACCAUGGAAAACAAAAUAUCCGGCAUCCUUUCGUCGGUCCGUCAGGAAGCAGGCGCAAUUUGCUUCGAGCAGCUUAGCAGGCAUAAUACGCCCCUCAUCAUGGCCAAGUGUGGCUCAAAAGGCUCCAACAUCAACGUCUCUCAGAUGGUUGCCGGUGUAGGACAGCAAAUGAUCGGGGGGGCACGAGUUGCGGACGGCUUUCAAGAUCGUACGCUGCCCCAUUUCCCCAAAAAUUCGAGACAGCCAGCCAGCAAAGGCUUUGUGAGAAACAGCUUUUUCUCCGGAUUGAAUCCCACGGAGUUCAUUUUCCAUGCCAUGAGUGGUCGAGAAGGUCUCGUCGAUACGGCGGUGAAGACCGCAGAGACCGGAUACAUGAGCAGGCGACUGAUGAAGAGUCUGGAAGAUCUUUCCUGCCAAUAUGACCGGACAGUAAGGAACAGCGCAUCUGGCGUGGUCCAAUUCCAGUUCGGGGACGAUCAACUAGAUCCAGCAGAUAUGGAAGGGAGUGCCCAGCCAGUCAACUUCGACAGGACCUUCGUGCAGUCAGUCACUGCUACUUGGGCACAUGAAGAUAAAGGGUUGCUUCCAAAUGAGAUCCUUGAGACCACGGGAACAAUGUUGGCCUACGAGAAACUCAAAUACCAGCGAUCGAAGCUCACGGGAGAAUCACUCCCUUUCCUGGCACGUGACGUGAGCGAGACCGACGAGCGAGAGGGCGGUCGAGGGUUCCUUGCCACCAUUCACAGCUAUUUGAAGGACAAGUGCUCUCGACUUGAACGGGCGCGUCACACUGUUGGUCUCAAGAGAGAUACACACCAGCUUCUGGAAGAUGAGGAGUCCUCACGACGAUCCAAAAAGUCGGCUCCAAAUGUGACAUUGGAGCAACGUACAUCCGUGGUAGAUGGCGUGCUUAAGAUCUCGCUAACAGCUUUGCGUCUUUUCAUCAUCACCUGUCUUGAGAAGUAUGAGAAGUCCAUGGUCCAACCUGGGCAUGCUGUUGGUGCCGUAGGCGCUCAGUCAAUCGGCGAGCCGGGUACUCAGAUGACACUCAAGACCUUCCAUUUCGCUGGUGUUGGUGGAAUGCAUACGACUCAGGGUGUGCCCCGUAUCAAGGAGAUCAUUAACGCCUCGAAAGUCAUCAGCACGCCGGUUAUCAAUUGUGCUCUUCUCAACAAGAGUAGCGAGCAAGCCGCUCGAAUUGUGCAGGGCAAGAUUGAGAAGACAUAUUUGCGCGAGAUUAUUGUCUACAUUGAGGACGUGUGGUACGCUGACGGAUGCUAUUUGAACAUGCGACUCGAUACCGACAUCAUCGAUAAACUUCAGUUGGACGUCAACAUGAGCCAUAUCAUGACCGCAAUCGUCCGCACCCGAGGACUCAAACUAUCAAAGAAAGAUCUCACAGCUAUUGGCUCACAUCUUCGUAUCAACGUCCCUGGGGACAUCUCGUAUGGCCCUAAGAAACGCAGCAUUGCGGGAUCUAAAGACGAGUACUUCCAUGUCGUUCAAUCCCUCCGUCGGGCCAUUCCUAAUGUUCCGGUGUCCGGGCAUCCUGAUACCACUCGGGCAAUCAUCAAUAAAUCAGACUCAAUUAACCCCCUAACCGGCAAAGAAGACAUCAACCUUCAGGUUGAGGGCUACGGCCUCAAGGCUUGCAUGGUCACAGAAGGCGUCGAUGGACUGCAUACCUGGACCAACUCCGUCAUCGAAGCCAAGGAAGUCCUCGGCAUCGAAGCUGCGCGUACCACCAUCGUCAACGAGAUCCGCGAGGUCAUGGCAAGCAUGGACGUCGACCCUCGACACAUGAAGCUACUCGCCGAUGUCAUGACGUAUAAGGGAGAUGUGCUCGGAAUCACGCGAUUUGGUCUGGCCAAGAUGAGGGACAGCGUGCUGCAAUUGGCGAGCUUUGAGAAGACUCCAGAUCAUCUUUUCGAGGCCGCUUGGCGAAUGAAGACGGAUCGCGUCGAGGGGGUCAGUGAGUGUAUCAUCCUGGGACAGAGCAUGAAAAUUGGAACGGGGGCAUCAAGUGCCAUCUGGCCAUUGGGCAUGAAAGAGGGAUUUGUUGGCGAGAGGAAAUGUAUUUUCGAAUCUGCGUUCAAGGAGAUCGCGGGUGAAGAGAAGGGGGCAAAGCAGGCCGUCAAAGGGAAAGGGGGCAGGAAGAAGUGA